GGCUCAUGUUAAACAGGCUGUGAUGUUACAUGAAGAAUCGUUACGUGUUCACAAACUGUCUAAAGCAUUACGCAAGAUUGACACAUUACAAGAAGUACUGAAACAUGCUCAUACUCGUUCCAUGGAGUGCUACUCAAAACUAGAUGAAGAGGACGACUUCUUUGAUAUCAUUGAAGUGCCAGCAAUUCGAGGCAAGUCAAGUUACCAGCCUGAAAUUAUAACUCCUGAUUUUGCUAAUGUCAAAGUGAAAGACAUAUUCCAUGGCUUGGUAAGAUAAUAUACCGUUUUUCUUUAAGGAAUUCUUGCAAAUAUGGG